AUAAAUAUACGUGCAUUAUCGUUCCAAAGUCAGAUUAUAGAGACUUGCCAACAAGACAGGAUCUCUUAAGAAACAAUCAUGAACGGAUUGACUAUCGCUGUUUUCGCCUGCUUGGCAGUUAUCGCCAGUGCUAAGCCUUCCGGCUGGGGCCAUGGAGGAUGGGGUGGUGAUGGAGCGUGGGGAGGACAUGGAGCGUGGGGUGGUCAUGGUGGAUGGGGAGCAGGUGCUGGUGCCGCCAUCAACCAUAACUACCAUGGAUCCGUUGGACCUGCUGGUGUUGUUACCGGUGCCGGAGCUGUGGGACCAGCUGGAUCUGUCGAUGGACAUGGUGCUGUAGGACCUGCUGGAGUCGUCAAUGGACAUGGAGCUGUCGGCCCAACCGGACCUAACGGAGUCGGAGGUGGAUGGGACGGCGCCUGGGACGGUGCUGGUGCAUGGGACGGUGGUCAUGGAGAUUGGGACGGCGGCUACGGAGAUCAUGAUGAUGGCAGCUACGGUCUGUGGGCUGGACAUGGUGGUCAUGGCCAUGGAUACGGAUGGGGUGGUCAUGGACAUUGGUAAACGACAAUUUUAGCCUACGAAAUAUGUAAAUACUCUCGACAACUUAAUUUAAACUACACCAAUAAGACAACUUUAUAAAUGAUCUGCCAUAUUGAAUAGCAUUAUUUAUAAAGAUCAUCCACGAUGUGUUCACUUAAUACGAAAAACAACACCUUUGUAUAUAUAUCAAUCUGUGUUCAAUAAAUGCAAACGAAAAUAUAA